CGAUGUAAUUUCCAGAGGAGUUUUCUGCACUUUCGGACCGUGCGCGCUCCCGGUGACGGGAGUUAGAAUAUGAGGAAUGAGGCGCGUUCACGAUGGCUCGGGAGGACUCUGUGAAGUGCCUGCGCUGCCUGCUGUACGCCAUCAACUUACUGUUUUGGCUUAUGUCUCUGUGUGUGCUGGGAGUGGCUGCUUGGCUUAGGGAUUACUUGAACAAUGUGCUCACCCUAACUGCGGACACCAGGCUGGAGGAAGCAGCGAUCCUCACCUACUCCCCUGCUGUCCACCCGGUUGUCAUUGCUGUUUGCUGUUUUCUAAUUAUCGUGGCCAUGGUGGGUUACUGUGGUACACUGAAAUGCAAUCUGCUGCUUCUCUCCUGGUACUUUGGCAGUCUGCUAGUGAUCUUCUGUGUGGAGCUAGCCAGCGGGGUGUGGACAUAUGAGGAGCCCUCAGUACAGAGGUCAGAUAUGAUCAGUCUGAAGUCACGUAUGCCUAACUAUGGCCUGCAGCGCUACCAGUGGCUAACACAUGCCUGGAACUCCUUUCAGACUGAGUUCAAAUGUUGUGGUGUGAUCUACUUCACCGAUUGGCUUGAGAUGACCGAGAUGGAAUGGCCACCUGACUCCUGCUGCUCCAAUCAGUAUGUGGGCUGUUCUCGGCAUGCUUACUACGGUGACCUGAGCGACCUCUACCAGGAGGGCUGCGGUCCUAAGAUCUACAGUUUCAUUCGAGGCACAAAGCAGCUGCAGGUACUGCGCUUCCUAGGAGUGUCUAUAGGAGUGGCACAGAUCCUGGCCAUGACCUUGACCCUCACAUUGCUGUGGGCUCUCUACUACGACCAUAAACCCCCCGAUCCCUCUCCACCCGAACCCCUCGUUCAGACUCACUGCCCUGCUGAAGAGUCUCAAAAACCUGGUCACACACACCCACGAGUGUCUGACACAUGCACCUGCCAGUUAGAAAUGAAACAGUUCCCUUAGCGAACACUUUGAAGGCCACGACUUGGAGUUAUUUGGAUUACUUUUCUGUACAACCCACUGGUGGCCAAACAUGUAUUUUAGACUGUUCUGUACCUCAG